AGAAUAUAACACCGCACCGCAAGGCUCAGCGUUUUGACCUGAUUAUUUGGGCUAAAAAUUCAUUUGCUAAACAGCAAAACUCUUCAGUUGGCUUGUCUUCUUACCCAUCUCUCGACCUUCUACUACCUUUCUCCACGUCCUAAUAGAACGAACGAAGACAGUUCAAACUUUGUGAUGGCGACUGAAUCCAAAACUGCGACUGAGGAGGUUAAGAUGGAUCUCUUUGAAGAUGAUGAUGAGUUUGAAGAGUUUGAGAUUAAUGAAGAGUGGGAAGUAAAAGAAGAAGGGAAAGAAGUAACACAGCAGUGGGAAGACGACUGGGAUGAUGAUGAUGUCAAUGACGACUUCUCUUUGCAGCUUAGGAGAGAAUUGGAGAGCAAUGCCGAGAAGAAAUGAGAAGAUUUUUGUUUGUCUUGUACGUUUUCUUCUUUUAAGAUCUAUGUUUAACUAGGUCUUUUGACCCCAUUGUGGUUUUACGCCGUCUUCUAUCCUUGUAAAUGGUGGUAUUAUGAAUAUGGUUAGAAGCCUAAAACAUUGUUACCUUUUCGGAUCAGAUAAUUGGAGAAUUGUGAAACAUUUGGCUCUGAAGAAAACAGCGUUUUUUUUUAUUGCUGGUGGUUGUUGUCACGGACUAUGAAUCCAUCGAGAUUAUAAACAUUGUAAAGGAAUCAUUCUUGGAAUGUCAAAAAUGUCGACAGAUUGUCUGACGAGUCA